CAUGCCAAAUCCCCCAACUUCACAGAUGACCACCGGCCUCCUCCUCUUCCUCCUCCUCACCUCCGCCCUCCUUCUCACCUCCUCCGGCGCCACAACAACAAAACUGUCACCUUCACCUCCAUCUUCGUCUCCACCUCCUCCGCAUUCUAGAAAAGCAGCACGUUCUCCGCCACGAUCACCUCCUGCACCACCACCACCAGCAGCUCCGGCGAACUGUUCUGACGAACUGGUCUCCUUCUCAAAGUGCCUGCCGUACACUUCUUCAUCUCCGAACAACACCUCCAAUUCACCUUCUCGUCAGUGCUGCAAUGACGUCAUUUCCGCAUUUACCACCGGCGGCGCCGUCUGCUUCUGCUAUCUCAUUCAAAAGCCUAACCUCCUCGGGUUCCCUCUCAACUCCACCAAAGUCCUCUCUCUUACCUCUCUUUGUCCGACGAGAGAUCAUGGAACCAAGACUAACUUCUCCCUUACUUCUCUAUGUUCCGGAACACGUACUCUGCCUCCUUUAAAGAGCAUUACAAGUCCCGAUCACUCAUCACCACGCUUAUCUGGUCCUGUGAACCGUCCAACACCUCCUGCAAUCAACUUCACACAAGGCUCAGAGGAGUCGACUGCUGAUUCAGAUAGUCCAGCACCUUCCUAUUCAGACACUUCCGUACCUGCCGAUUCAGACACUCCAGCCGCUCCUGAUGGAUCGCAUCCAGAACCAAGGUUAGCACCACGUCUACCCUCAUGGAGACCUUUUUCCACUAGUGGUACCAAUAGCAAGUCUGGCUGGUUGCUCGCUCUCAUCAUGGUUGUUGCGGACGUUGUUGUUCCUACAUUGACUUGAUAUACGUAGCUCUCAUCUUGAUUAAUAUCUUGAUUGUAUAGAAUAGUUCCACAAGGUGAGUAUAGCAACAAUUGCACAGCUAAGGUGAAUUGUAUGGCAGGCAAAUUCU